AUGGCAACAACACAAUCUGCUCUUUUACUUCAAAAACAACUAAAAGAACUAUCAAAACAUCCAGUUGAAGGUUUCUCAGCAGGACUUGUUGAUAAUGAUAACGUGUAUGAGUGGGAAAUUAUGAUUAUGGGUCCAGCAGACACCUUAUAUGAAGGAGGAUUUUUUAAAGCAAGAAUGUCAUUUCCAAAGGAAUAUCCUUUAUUACCACCAAAGUUAAAAUUUAUAUCUGACAUGUGGCAUCCUAAUGUUUACCCUGAUGGUGAACAUCCUCCUGGUGAAGAUAAAUUUGGAUACGAAGAUGCAGGCGAAAGAUGGUUGCCAGUGCAUACAGUUGAAACGAUUUUAUUAAGUGUGAUUUCUAUGCUUUCAACUCCAAAUGAUGAAUCACCUGCAAACAUUGAAUCUGCUAAGGAAUGGCGAGAUAACUAUCCAGCAUUUAAAAAGAAAGUUCAACGUAUAGUAAGAAAAUCAGCUGAAAUGUUAUAG